UUUUUUUACUGAUGAUCUGACUGUUUGCAGCAAGAGACGGUAACUGAAAAAAUCAGAUAAGGCAACUUCAAGAUCGAUGCAUUAGUUAAUAGGGCCGAAAAUGAGAUUUAGUCUGCACAAUUCUGCAACUGAAAAAUGUCAUCUCAUCUUCAUCAUCAGUAGACUAUAGGGGAAAAUCAAUUAUUGAAUGAAAUAAUGGUGACUAAUGCUGAGUGAUCAAAUCAAAUUUCCUAUCUGUUCUUUUUUCAUUCAAAAAUAAGUAUAGUGGACAAUUGACUGUGCAGCUUUGAAAAGUGUACAAAGCCAUAUUGUGCGCCAUUAGAUUUAUAAAGUAUACUGUGUUUGUGUAGACCUACAUUUUCUCUAUGCAAUGCAGUUAUUAUUUGGUUACCGAAAAGAUCAUAGUUAUUUAUAACUCAGACACUAAUUUGACUCUGCCUUAAAUUUCACUCGAUCUUAACAAUACAGCUGACAUUUCUAAAAUGCCUUCAUUGCCAAAUAUGUACUCAUACAAUAAUCAUUUUGAGGAAAUUAAAGUAUUUUUAAUGAGGAAGUAUGACUGUAUGAUUGUAGAGAAAAUCUAUUCAUAGAAAACUGAACUGACUGUAUAUAAAAUCUUGACCCAUUAGAACUAUAUGAUAUAUGCCCAUUCUGAAUUUACCACAUCUUUAAUCCACUUCCUGGAAACUUCCUAAAAUUGAUGAGUAUGUCUCAUUUGAUUUAACAAGACUCUUAAAACUUAAGAAGUUUCGAAUAGCUAAAUAAUUCAAACUUCUAUACGGACUGACUGGCCACACUUUAAAGCUGUAAAUAUGAUGAACAUGUUUCACACAUGAAUACAUAUCUUGAGAGAUAGCAGUUAUGACCUUACCUCCUCACCGGUCAAUAAUACAAUGAUCCUCCCCCUCCAGGAUCUCCCCAGAGAGACAUAAUUCCUUAAAUAAUGGGAUAAUGAUGACCCUGAGAACUAUAAAAGAGAUGUAUAGAGGUAACAGCUAUUCAAUUAUAAAGAUCAAAUUUGUCCGAUUGUCCUCUUAUCAGAUGUCCACCCCCUGACCACAAUCAAUGACCUCUGGGGUCACAUUUAAAUGAUAGAUAUUAGAUUGCAUACACAACUGACUGCCAACACUUUACAGAUUUAUGCAUGUCUCUCUGACAUGUAUGUACAGGGCACAUAAAAACCAGAUAAAAUUAUUCUAAUAUUUUAACACAGUAAAAUAAUAUAUAUCAUAUCAUAGCGUUAUAAGCAAUGAACAUUUAUAUCAUACUCAAUUUCUAUUUCAUGGUGUUCUUCAUCAAGAAGUAAUUUAGAAGACUGAAGUUUUUUUGUUUGAUUUUCAUUAAGAACUCAUCAUCCGUGACACUCUUUUUAGUAUUUACAUGUACAUAUUUGUUUGUAGCUUUCUUUGCAUUUUAAGUCUCUAAAUCUGUCAAUGUGAUAAAAAAAAAUGUUGUAUUAUAAAUGAUUAAAAAUACGAUCAUCCUAAAGUUUGAUUAGAAGAUCUAUAGUAAAAACUAUAUGCUUCAUAGUAUUUCAAAACUGAAGAUAAAUCCCCUACCCUGACGAGUGAACAGGUGGAAAAUCAACAAGAGACUGGGUCCAAAGUGAACACAGUCAUGACAGUGACUGGGUUUUAUUUAACAAAAACUCCAAGGGGUUUUCUUUCAACUCAGAGAAUGAUAAAGAAAAUGAAAAGUAUUAGAUUCAGUCACCACUUAGAGCAGAGACCACGAUGCUAAUCUCCUUUGAUAAAAUCUUACUCUGAAUAAACCAGCUGGUCCUGCCUUUACUACCAAAAACAGGAAACUGAAGAUUGCUUUUAAAAAUGGGUAGAUAAAAUCAGUUAGUUUUCAGUCAUAAACAAUUUUAAGAAUGAAAAAGUGUUUUCCUAAUUUCAACCAAAUAUUGCAGUUUUCCCCAAACUGAAUGGUCUUAGCCCUUAAAUUGCAAUCAAAGGUUGAAAAAUUAUCUGUGGUAAUCAUAGAAAUAAGCAGGAUUUUUGUAACCUAUAUUUAAAAAGAGCACUCAUGAUCUUAUUUAUUUAUUGAUUGAUUGAUUGUUGUUUAACGUCUCUCUCGAGAAUAUUUCACUCAUAUGGAGACGUCACCAUGCCGGUGAAGGGCUUCAAAAUUUAGACCUAUGCUCGGCGCUUAUGGCCUUUGAGCAGGGAGGGAUCUUUAUCGUGCCACACCUGCUGUGACACGGGACCUCGGUUUUUGCGGUCUCAUCUGAAGGACCACCCCAUUUAGUCGCCUUUUACGACAAGCAAGGGGUACUGAGGACUUAUUCUAACCCGGAUCCCCAAGGGAUUCUUAUUUAUUAAAUAUGAUGUACAUGAAACAGGAAUAUAAUAUGAUAGAUAUAAGAUUCCAAUAACGAAACAGAUAGAUCUGCAGUUUCGUGAGUAACUGUUGCAUCAGAGAGUUACAUGAAAUCCUAGGCGAUAAUUAGCACUCCUUCUCCUGUAUUUGUGUCAAAUUUAUAUUUAUGGUUUUUGUCAGUUCCAUAUGUGACAAUAACAAUUCACCUUAAAAUUCCUGAGCUUCAUGUUUACUCUUCCUAAUUCAAAACACAUGUGCUGAGCAGACGGCCUCAACAUUACAAAAACUAUUAUGCGACAUUUUUUGCAUUGUAUGAACUUAACUCUGUGAGGACACACACACGAGAGAGAGAGAGAGAGAGACAGAGAGAGAGAGAGAGAGAGAGAGAGAGAGAGAGAGAGAGAGAGAGAGAGGGCAAUUAUGAUUUAUAUUGGUUGUUGAGUAGUCCCCUAAAAUGAUCAAGAUUAUGAUAUAUUUUUUUUUAGGAUAUAAUUAUUGAAGUUGAAGUAGUACAAAAUUAGUUUCGACCUACUGUUGUCUGGUUAAGCUUGCUAGUUAAUUAAUUUAUUUUAUUUUGUACUAUAUUUUUCAUCUUUUUUAUUUUCUACUCAUCUUUUUUCUUUCUUCCCACUUUUUUUUUUUUUUUAAUUUAGUCUUUUCUAAAUUUGAUAUUGAAAUUAAAUUGCCACAGGGUAUUUUUUCAGAUAUGAAUAAUUUCCACUAGUGUAUUUAAUGGAAUGCAUAGGAUGGGUAAUAAAUGCAAUAAGCUGAUAGAGGGCUAGGCAUGCCGAAAAAAGUAACUUACAGAUGUUGUCCUGAAGUAUUGAUCUUGUGCUGGGCAAUUGAAAAUCCGAAAUAGCUAUUUUGGGGUCCCUGUUUAAUAAACGGCAUUUGCACAUCCACAUUGAAUCCAUAAACGCAAACAAUUCCCAAAAGAUACAGCAGUCCUUUCCAUGUCAACAAACCUGGGACCGCCAUUGUUGUGUAAAUGUCCCAAUGUCUCGCACCUGUCCGAGAACUGGAAUCGCGAGAUGUCACCGUUUCAGACGUGGCGGAAGAAUAAUAUAUAACAGAAACCACGAUUAUUAAUUUCUUCUCAAAGCCUCUGGAGGGAAUGAGUUUUUCUAAUGUAGUCCAACAAAAGAGUUCUGAAUUAUUAACCAAUUUAAAAGUAAACGUUAUUUCUAUAAAGAUAACAUUACGAUACACUUGUAUUACACUAUUUUUUUGGCGAAAGGAAAAACCAUUUUACUACUUCCUGAUGUGUUCCGGGGAGGAGUAUUUGAGUAGACGAGAAUACCUGUAAGAUGAAGCAGAAAUAACGACGUAUAGUUUGAAGUUUUACAAAAGCAAGAGUCAGGAUGUUAUCAAGUGCUGUGAAACAACAUCAAGCAAAACAGCACGUGAGGAGGGAGCGGCAAGAAAAGAGGAAAAAAGAGGCUAUUGUAGCGUCCACAGCUCUGACACAUGCCCUGGUGGAUCACCUCAAUGGAGGAGUGGCUCAGUCCUAUGUGAAUCAGAAAAAACUGGACACAGAGAGCAAGAUACUGCAGGCCAAUGCCUCCCAAUUCUGUCGACAGACUGGACAAUGGCUAAAGCUUGUGGAGGACUUCAAUACGGCACUAAAGGCUGUUCUUGGCACACUGAUUUUGACUACGGAUAACUCCAUGUUCCUGAUCCAGAUAUAGGGCUCCUGGCAGGUGUUACCAGUGAACGGGGGAUGCAUACUCCUCCUAGGCACCUGAAUCCACCUUUAAAUUGGAAAAUAAGUGAAAAUUUUCCAAUCUCUAAUCCAGAAAUUCCCAAUUUUUAGACAAUGUAUAUGUAAAGAUAUAUUUCUGAUAAAGGAGGGGGGGGGGAUCCAUGAUUAAAAGAAAAACUUUAGUGAUUGUGUGUUGAUUAAAAAAUUUCCAAUCUUAACAAAAAAUUCCAAUGAAUUUCCCAAUCUAAAGGAAUUGAGAUCCUGGUCCCAAAAACUCAAGUGACAGCAUUGACUGGUUACAGAGUCAGCAAUAUGCAGUACACUGUAUAAAUGUACAUUAUAUGUAGAUAAUUAAGGAGGGAUGACACUUCAUCAUAGUGACUUCACUCCCUUGGAAACAAAAUGCUUAUGCAUAGAAAAAAAUCAGUCAUUACAUUGUCCUUUUUAAAAACAAUUUUACCUAU